AUGAGAAGUGAGAAGAAGCUUUCGAAGGUGAUAGUGCCAAACAAGUGGAAGGAAGGUGCCAGUAACACCACUGAGGGCGGUGGCCAUAAAAUCAACGAGAACAAGCUCCUCUCCAAGAAGAAAAGGAGUAGACUGCGAUCAAACUUGAAGAAAUUUUCUAUUUACUUACCUGAUAAAGAAUAA